GGCGCUGCGGAGCCAGAGCAGGGCCGCUGCGUCCUCGUCUCCCGCGGGCGUGGCCGCAGGGCACAGGCAGCCGGGCGGCGUGGCAAGGCGGGGCCAGCAAGCACGGUGCGUGGUGGGCUGCUGGUGCUGCAGGACACGGCGGCGCGCGGGCACAACAACAGAAGGAGCUGCGUCGAGCGCGGCGACCGGCCGCAACUGCUGAUAGCGCCGGCUUGCUUCCUAGCUAGCCAGCCCGUGCGCGUGCUUGCUAGCUAGCUAGAGAGCCGCCGCGGGUGCAUGCGAGCUUGGCUUGCAGGGCGAGCGCGGCCGGCGCACGAGCGUGUAGACGGGCACUGCCGGCGCGCGAGCACGGGCGAGGCAUGGUGGGGUCUGGGCCGGACAGUUUGCGAUGGGUUAUUCCCGCUGCGUGCACAAGUUGGCGAACGACCCAAACCGAACAUGCAUGUCCGUUUUUCUACCCCAAACGUACAAAAUUCAGACAAAAGCGGACGUUCAUUUGGAGUCUUGCGGUGGAGAUGGCCUGAGUGGCUUGCUGUGUCUUUUUACCCUCAAACGAACGCGACCGAACCAUUUGUGGUC